AUGGACGAGGUAGAAAUCAGCAGCAAAGUCAACAAUAGAGAUGACUGUCGGUUGUUGGCAGCUAUGGCGGACUUAAAGGAUGUGUCUCAAUGUAAAUAUGUGGUUCGCACAUCCACGCGCAGCCUGGGAUCGCCCGAGAAGUACGAUAGCGAAAAUAUUCACGACAACCCAAAAGGCAACGGUGGAAAGCGAAAUUUUACAAUGCAGAUUUACGGUCGCCAUAUCACAACGCCCUCAUCGGACUGUGCAGCUUUUAACGUGCUAGACUCCAACUCACCGCACCCACUUAACAUUGCCGCUGCUGGUCCGCGACUGUUUCGUCUUUUCACUGAUCUGGAUCUCAUUCCGGAGGCUUCAACAGAGUCUGGCGAAGGCUUUUUCACGCUGUUUGCGAUUGCUUGUGUGUUGGACCGGCGGAGCAAUAUUACCCUAGCUCUCAUGUGUUGCCCCUUCGUGCUCACGUUGAUCGCUUACAUAAUCUUCGUCCGCCGGCUGAAUGAUAUAAUUUCCAAGCCGACUGUCUGGCACACUCCGACAAUCCUUGCUUCCCUUUUCCCUCUGCCUUUCUUGGGUUAUCUCACUUCCUUCACAUGCUUUCGCCUGCUCGCCUACAAGGAUCCCCUGCCGCGUUCCAACCCGGCCUCCACUAUUGCUGUGAGAAAUGCCCUGAGGACAGCCAUCACCCUCUGCAUGAUUUUUCUUCCCGCCUUCCUCUAUCUCUCGGCGCACAAACUUUCGGAUACGGUCGAGCUAUUGAUGCAUUCACCCCUCGGCUCCUGUGUUCCUCAGGCCAACUUCUCUCGUACCUGCCAGGCUGUGUGUACGUACUUCAACCUCCUGGUGAAGUCCCCAGCGGCUGUUGAUGAACGUGUGUGGCGUCAGUAUGCACCCUGUAUGCUAUACCAUUCCGCAUCUAAGGUCAUCUACCAGGAAAUUUUCAGUUUUCCACAAAUCUUCCUAUCAGUCUACAUGUCGUUAAUUGUUCUCGCCCUGCUGAUGAGUGGUCUGUGGUCUCAUUUGCUUCGCCGAAUUGACGAGCAGUGGCGCUACUUGUCGACGGAGCCUUUCGAAUACCUUCACAUGCACUGGGUACGACUGGAGGUUCCGAAAGUUUUCCUCCUCUUUUGGCUGAUCAAGCUGGUACUUGUGCUGGUCUUGGGCGCGACUUUCUGGCCUAUUGACGCGACCGUGGUGGAGCUUGUCUCUCGGCCUAUUGAGGGCCGGGAGGCACCAAUGCGCUAUUCCCUAAAUUUUACUUUCUUGGGGACGUACGCUAACGAGCACAGUCUGCCGCUGUCGACUUGGUCGUGUUUCGAGUCACGCCUCCUAACCGGGGUUCUUGCCCUAGGCUCCGAGACCUGGACCUCGGUCUACGGUGCAGCAGUCUUUCUCGGUCUUCUGUCGGCCUUUCUCGUCAAAGUGCUGGCCUUUUUUGUGGACCCACUCGGUGAGACAACAGCCCAACUCGCGGAAACCGCUGAGGCUGAUCCAGUUGCCGCUAACCCCUGGGCUCCCAUUGAGGAUCAGCUACAAAACAACAAUCACAUCGAGGUCACUGCCAUAGAACUUCUCAACAACACCGGCUGGAGCUGUGUUGUGCUAUUUGCCUUCUUAGCAAUCCAAUAUGACCUACCGAAUCUGAGCAUUCAUCAGCGUGUUUUCUGCUUUAUGCAUCUCUUUAUUGUCAUGGGUUUCACUUGUAUCUACCCCGUGGAGUCCUUGGUUAAGGCGAUCCUUCUGCGGUUAGGUAUCCCCGGACAGGAGUCAUCUUGGCUCGACCACCUCAUUCCUCUCACCUUUUGUGGUCUUAUGUUUGCUGUGUCCGGCUGUGUGUUUGUCUACUUUCCCACCUGGCUCUCGUAUCUUCCUCACACUGGACGUGGCUACCAGUUCUUGGCUGAGGUCAGCGGGACCAGCACGGAGGGUGCUCUCAAGCCGCCAGCCAUCUUCUCUGCCUACUCAAGCUAUGCCCAACGAUUGCGAACCUACCUUUGCGGCGGCCAGCUCUUGCUGGACGUCACGUGUACCCUGAUUGAAUAUCUGUUGCAUCAAGUACACAAACGGAGACCCAACUGGACUGGCUUUGGCACCCUAUUGGCAGCCACUCGUCUCACCAACAUCUUCAUCAACUACCUAAUCUCCCUUCUUUCAGUGCUCAUCAUUCUCUGGUUGAUAUUUUACGAAUCGUUUGGUGUAUGUCGUGUCUUCAUCCUGGUAGUUCAUGUAUCGUGUGUGCUCUAUCCUGCGACCUACCGUGGCCUCUCCUGGCUGCGUUGGCGUUUCCUCUUUUCGCGCAGUCUCUCACAAAUCCCCUCACCCACGGAAGAGGAGCUGGAGAUCAACGCAGACGACUGUCCAAUCUGUUUUUCUGCCAUGACUGUCAACGAUGCAAAGCUGACGCGUUGUGGUCACGUUUACCACACUGAUUGCCUUUCUCAGUGGAUGCGUCGACAGUCCUUCUGCCCAGUUUGCAACUCAGAUCUCUUCUCUUCUUCGGUGAAGAGAACCCGCAUCUUGACAAGUGCCGCCCAUCAGGCGAGGCCGGAGGAUACGCCCGAAGCCUCUUGA